AUGUCGAUUCUAAUCAUCUCCGUUUUCCUCUAUUUCCCAUUUCUCGUUGUUGUUGCCGCCAGUUCUCAAUUCCACACAAAUCUCAUCCGAAUCUUCAUCUUUCUCGCCUUUUUCAUGGCCGUUCAUUCAGCAUCUCGUGGAGUUUUGCUCUUGUAUGAAUUCGAGAUCUUGCUCAGAAAAGAGUCUCUGAUUUUGGAUCUCUUGCUUUUCACAGCUUCAAUCACUCGUGGAUUCCUUGCCACAUUGUCAGCCUUAUCCGUGCCGCUGAUCAUCGUUGAAAGG